UGAGUGUAGUGAUGUAGCGGAUGCUCCCGGGGCUGCCUCGGCUGUUCUGGGGCUGAUUUUUCCAGCAUUUUAAUAUUUCGUGAUUUCUUUGGUUAGAUUUGUGUGAAGGACGUGAGCUCCGGGGCUAGUUCUGACAGCUACACUGCAUUGAGCUGCUUUUAAUGGAAGUGUUGCUCAGCUUGUGUGUAUAGAUUUAUUAAUCGGUUGUAGUUUGUGUAACAGCGCUCUUUUUUCAGCUACUAUAAGUAAAAAAGAACCAAGAGUUUGGCGGCGUUAGUUUGUAUUAACUGUAGUUACCAGUCAUUUGACUUCUCGUGUUAUUAUUUUCCACCGUUUUAUUAGUUGACGUCUACUUGAAUCAGUUUUGCAAGUUACAGCUGGACAAAAGUGGCGCAACGGGGCCGUCAGUCCCGCUUGAGCCACAUCCAACUAAAUGUUGUUUUCGUCUCAGUUAAAAGCGGCCGAACGUUCGACUUGGUGAAACAAAAUGUCUGGGGACUUUUUUUUUGCGUUCGCUUUAUUCGAGCAAAACGCCGUUCGCGCACCCAACACAUAUGACGAAAGUGCGGGACGGCCCCAAAACGCCACCGCGUUCUGGCGUUUCUAAACUUGCGGGGACGUGUUCCGCUUGUUCGCUGGCUCGCAGCCCGUUACGCAGCAAAAAGUAUAAAUCUGUAAUAUAAGCGCUGCUUUAAAAUCGCACCCGCGCGAUUUCAUGCUGCUCCAGUCUAGUGUUUGCGCCUUGAACGUGUCCGGGGAGAUUAGUUCGGCAUGAGGGAGUAAAUGUUAAUGGGUUAAAUGAGAUGAGGUCUACUUAUAUCCAGGAACAGGAAACCUCCCCGUGUACUGGCAACUUAAUCUGAGCAGCCAGGACGGAAUGUGCUCGGCGUCAAACACGUUUACAACCAACAGGCUGCAGGCUGCCAGCAGAUAGCUGCGCUGUCACGGGCCAGAAAACUGCAGGGAAGCGCGGGGAAAACCACCAUCGUGACAUUUAUAAUGUACAAAAUUAAUCAUUAAACGUAAACGUGUAAUAACAAAGUUUAGGCGAAUAAUACGCCGCAACGUGUGUCGAGCCUCCCUUUGACGUUUCUCUCUACAAUGGCGCCGCCUUGUGGGCAAACACGGGCACUACACGUGUCGGGGUCUAGUCUCGGUUCCCCCGGAAGCCUCGAGGACAGGUGGCUUAGGCUGGAGCAGCGCUGUCAAAGCCAGUCCUCGAGCGACACGCGCUUGUUUUCCAACGCCUUAUGCCAAAAGCUAAUUACCUGGAUCAAGGGUGGGUGCAGUCAGUCUGUAGCAGGUGGAACUGGGAGAGUUGGAAAACAAGGGCAGUAGCACGAGAUGGAGGAUCAUAUUUGACGUCACAUGACAGUGAUUGCGACAGCAUGGCCACCACUGCAGAUGGCUGCAUUCAGUUCACGCGCCAUGCGGGCGACGUCCUGCUCAACUUCAACCGCCUCCGCAGCAGGAACAUCCUGACCGACGUCACCAUCCAGGUGGACGGGCAGCAUUUUCACGCCCACAAGGCCGUCCUGGUGGCCUGCAGCGGCUUCUUCUAUUCAGUGUUCAUGGACCCACAUAACAGCAACCUCAGUGCCAUCAGCUUGGACCCCAAAGUGGACCCCAAAGGUUUCUCCAUCCUGCUGGACUUCAUGUACUCGUCCUGCCUGAACAUUAAGGACAGUCUGGUCCUGACCACCAUGAACACAGCCAUCUACCUGCAGAUGGAGCACGUAGCCGACACCUGCCACAGGUUCAUCAAGUCCAGGCAUCCGUCUUUGAAUAUGCAAAGUGAGGAGGGACAGACGGACUCACCACAUCUACCGGAGCAGAUCCUUGCUGUGAGGCCCCUUGAUGAGAAACAGUCAGACUUUACAAGCGCCACUUCACCCACCCCCCAGGAGCGCAGGGGCUACAUUCCCAGCAUUUUCAGGGGCAUCAACACCUCUGGCUCCUAUCACGUUUAUGGCGACCAUCACCCCCCUGCUGGGAAAGCAGAAGGCUUCUAUAGGCUCAGCCCCCCUCCCAGAGGAGGGGCUUUGUCCGAAACAAGAAGCCCACAGGUAAAGAAUGCCAGCGUGGCUCCAAGUGAUUCCGCUAUCCACAUCUCCCACCCAAGUUUUCCCACUGCUUCCACACAACCAGCGGGAGCUCAUGGGAUCAUUCAAGGGCUCGCUGCUCCCAUGGAGGAAGAGAGCAUUCAGCACCCACAUACCAGCUGCAUUAGACUGUCCUCAGGCUUCAGCAAAGGGGUCAUCUGCAGCCCGCAAAGCCCACUUCGAUCCGAUUGCCAGCCAAAUUCACCCACCGAGUCCAGCAGCAGCAGAAACGCCACCAUGAGCCUCAAACAGGCCUCCGAAUACCCCAAAGAGGCGAAGGCCCGCAACUGGAAGAAGUACAAGUACAUCGUACUGAACCAAACCUCAAGUGAGAGUGAGGAGGUUCAGGGAGGCGGUGCAGACGCUACAGGCAUGUCCCCCACACUCAGUCCCUGCAGGACGGGGGGAGCCGGCCAUCACACUGAGGUUCAGGCAGACGACGGAGCGAGCGAGCACGGACACGACGUGUCCAGGGCUCAGAGCGUCGACAGCUGCAGCAACACCAGUGACCACAGAUGCUCCUCCUGUGGCUGUGACAGCCCUCAGCAGCUGGACCUGGGCCACCUUUCUCCUGGCUCAUACAGCAGAGACGACACUACCAAGUACUCCUCCUCCAGCUGUGAAAACAACGCAUCCUUCUGCAAUAGCUGUGGCUCCAAGUUCACAGAGGAAGACGCCCUGAAGGACCACGUGGUCCAGGUCCACAGCGACAAGCCAUACAAGUGUGACUGCUGCCAAGCCGCCUUCCGCUACAAGGGCAACCUAGCCAGCCACAAGACCGUUCACACAGGUGCGAAGCCGUACCACUGCAACAUCUGCGGGGCCCAGUUUAACCGGCCGGCCAACCUCAAAACCCACACCCGCAUCCACUCUGGAGAGAAGCCAUACAAAUGUGAGACCUGCGGCUCCCGGUUUGUCCAGGUCGCUCAUCUCCGCGCCCACGUCUUAAUCCACACCGGAGAGAAGCCGUACCCCUGUGAGAUCUGCGGGACCCACUUCCGCCACCUGCAGACGCUGAAGAGCCACAUGCGCAUUCACACCGGAGAGAAGCCGUAUCAUUGUGAAAAAUGCGACCUUCACUUCAGACACAAGAGUCAGCUGAGGCUGCACUUGCGGCAGAAGCACGGCGCCGUCACCAACACCAAGGCUCAGUAUCACAGGGGGUCCAGCAACAUCACUACAGGCCCGACCUCCUGCUGAGUCUGCUGCUGUGUCCACGUUUCGCUCACGCGUCGGUCACAAUGUCGACAGGGGAGUUUCAUUUUUUUUAUGAAUACAAACGUAAAUGUUGUAUUUACCCUUUUAUGCAUUUGUACAUGAUGCGCAUGUAAGCUCUUUGGUAUUUCAAAGAUUGUAGAGGUUUAUGCUUUCCUUGUGAAUGUCACACAACAGAAUGUAACGUUUUAAUGUGAAUUUGAGUGGAUGUGUGUGUUUCUUAACAGAGCAUUGGCUUAGAAAGACAGUCCUCUUUCUCAUUUGGACUAUAAGUCACUGAUACACUUUGCUUUCCAUAUCGGUACGCGUUUACCCAGUAACAUGGCCAUAGUUUGUGGCCUUUAAGCAUUUUCAUUAGACUAUUUUUGUAAAUAAGAUAAUAUAUAUUUUCAGAUGGCCGUCUGCUGGCAGAGAAUGAAUAUAUAUAUUUUGGGUUUUUUUUUUAGAUGAUGUAGGCUUCACUGACACACGGGCUUGUGAUUUAGCCGUUUUACAGUCUGUGGUACGAGUUGUAGCUCGCUAUUCAUUUAUACAAGCUGUGUACAUAUUUUUUUUCCAAUAUUGAGCUCUUUUUGGUAUUUUGCACAUAUUCAUUAUGCUGUAAUUCAUGUUUCUACACCACAUGUUGACAAUGUUUAUCCGUUUCUGUGGCUCAGCUUUUGUCCCUGGUAGAGGUUUUUUUUCUGUAUUGGUGCUUCACUGAUCUAUUGUCAGCAGGAAACGACUCAAGUGUGAUUGUAUUUCAUCUAACGAUAUGUAUAAUAAUGCACUAAUGCAGCCGUUGUAUUCAUAGUGCCUUACAUUCACAAGCAGUACUAGCUUCUUUGGCAGUUUUAUUAACAAGACUUUCAUACAACACACUUCAGGUGUGUCGGUCUCAAAGUAGUGAUGAAGAGCUGUUGAGCUUUGUGCAUUUGGUACUCUGUCCUACUGUCAUGUGUAUGCAUGUCAGGUACUGUUGUUUUGGAAGUCGGUGAUGUUGUGUGUGUAGCUCUUAAAAUGCAUAUUCACCAGGCCUCAAGCUAAAAAUGCUCAGGAAUAUUAGUCAAAUGUAAGCCAGUGUCUUACAACAAUAAAAAAAUCAAUAUUCUAAACA